AUGAAAUUGCUUAUGUCGUCCAAUAUUCAGGUAUACCAGGACGAGGACGGCGUCGGCGCCGACGGCGAGGGCGAGGACGAGGACGACGGCGACCUGCCCCCCGAGGACGAAGGCGAUCUGGACUACUACCCGGACUCGGAGGCGGUGGAGGAGGAGGAGGAGGAGCGGGCGGGGGCGGACGCGGCGACGCCGGGCCCCGAGCACCGCGGCCGCUUCCACCCGCAGUACGCGCACCUAGCGCAGGCGCGCCCCGGCGCCCACCCGCACAAGAAGCCAGGCACGGAAGCCCUGAACGCGGCGCGCGCGGCCGCCGAGGAGGCGGCGGCGGAGGCGGCGGCGGCGUCCGGCCAGAAGGCGCCGCCGCAGCCGGCGUCCAGGCACAAGCGGGAGAUCGGCGUGGAGCGGCCGCCCGUGCUGGAGGAGAGCUACGGCGUGGCGCCCAACGGCAGCGAGGGCCUGCGCCUCUACGAGACGCUCACGCCCAUGCCGGCGGCGCCCGCGCGGCCGGCGCGCACCCACGCGCUGCCGCAGCCCCCGCGCCAGCAGCUCUUCUCCACGGCGCGCACCAGCCAGGUGGUGCCGCCGCCCGCCGACGCCGGCAGGGUGGUGCGCGUCUACCAGGACCAGGCCCCAGCAGCGCUGCGCUCCGGCGCGGCCCCGCGGCUCAAGAAGAAGUCGGCGGCCAAGAAGACGCUGGGCAGCCUGCGCGACGGCGAGGAGGCGGCGGGGGCGGGCCGCUCGGCGCACGCGCUGCGCCGCCGGCCCGUCUUCGCCGCGCACUACGGCGGCGACGCCUCCUCCUACAAGCUGGGCUCCACCUCGCACUUCGAAGGUAACGGAAAGCUGAGGCAUCCAACCCAAGUGUUUGUCGACUGGUCUCCAGCAAGCUGGAUGGGUCAGUUGAACAUGGACAAAAAAUUCAACCUCCAAGAUGGCGCUGUCACUGUCGCGGAUAGUGGUCUGUACUUCGUGUAUGCUCAGAUCCAUUACUUGGAUAGGCACGACACCAACGGCUUCAGCAUUCUGGUGAACAACGCGUCGGCGCUCCAGUGCACCGUGACGGCCGGGCUGACCGGGGGAGGGGCGGAAGAGCCCAGGUCGAACACCUGCUUCACCGCAGGCGCAAUGUACCUGGGACCAGGAGACCAAGUGUCAGUGCGCGAAGUUGGCAGCCUUCGCUGGACUCUAUUCCAACCGCAGAAGAGCUUCUUCGGGCUUGUCAAACUGGGUCACACUGCUCGCAUUACGUAAAAUGAGCUCUCUAACUCGUGUUUCUAACUCUGACAUUUUUCUUGUCUAAACUUUUUUAAUCUCAAACAACGUAUUACUUAAGAUUAAAUACGAAAGUGAGGUUAGAUAGUGAACUGCUAAUUUGAUGUUUACGAAUGUUCCAAACAAAGAGUACAUUAGUAGAAUGAACACGAUCACUCAAAAAUCUCUGUGCAUUGGAUGCAUUGUUUCAUGUGCGUGGUUAAUGGCUUCAGUGAUAAUCUUUACGUCGAGAUUUGACCAUCAAGAUUUUGAAAGGCAGUUUCUCAUCAUCAUACGUCAAGUUGUCAACUGAGAUUUUUAGGUAAGCAAUAUUUAAUUCAUUAGCAUCAUAUAAUUGUUAUUCAUAGUAAAUGAUCUCGUCUUCUUUGUAUUCAUCAUUCUUUGAGACAAAUAUUCUUGUAGACAACUUACAAUUAAUAUCUUUUUGACUGAUGUGUAUAUUUCUGGUAAAUAUUUUUAUAAAUUUAACUGUAACAUUUGCAUUUUCCUAACACAAAUCUGUAAUAUAGUAUAAUUCUUUUAUAAAAUGUGAAUACUCUUGUGAAGAUAAAUUUAAAUUAGUAGUUCUUAGAUGUUACUAAGAGAAUGUUAAAAUACUCCAAGUCAAUGAUUAUUUUUAUAUUGUAUUUUCUUAUAUUUGUAUUAAAAUUGAGGUGUAGCAGUGUAUGUUAAUAAUGUAGAUGCUUUGUAAAGUAUUGCCCAACGCCUAUGUAAACAGAAAAUCAGUAAAUAUUAUUUAUUUUAUACUACAAGGUCUCUAAUUUUUUCAUCUAGAUCUCUCCCUCAAAAUGGAAUCGUGAAUUCUUCCUAUAUAUUUUCAAUAUUUCAUGAUGAAUUCUUGCAAUUUAUUUUUAAAUUAUUACAUUGUGUCCUAAUCAACUUGGUAGCAGUGCCUUUCAAUAAAUCUGGAAAUCAUCGUAUUCAAUAUAAUCAAGAAAUAUUUUUAAUGUGUAUAAUACGUGAAUAAAUUGAUCACUCAUAUUA